AUGUACGCUAAUCGAAAUGUGGGAUUUAGUAACGAAGCAGGAGAGGAAUCUUCAGAAAAAAGAAUAAAAAAAUGCAUUGAAAAUGAUUUCGUCGAUUCAAAAUUCGGAUUUGAUCGUAUUAAAAAUCCUACAGAAAGAGUGGGCUUUCUUAUUAAUAUGCAUGUGACAGAAAUUAUUGAUGAAGACAAAAAACUUAAAAGUGCAGUCGAUUAUUAUUUUAUUGAAGAAGAUGGCUCUAGGUUCAAAGCAACUUUAUGCUUUCAACCAUACUUUUAUGUUUUACCUAAAAAAGGUACUCUUCUUGAAGUAUCUCUUUACUUAAAGAAGAAGUAUAUUGGAAUUAUUGACAGAAUUGAUAUUGUAUCUAAAGAGGAUUUGGAUUUGCCCAAUCAUCUUACAGGUUUAAAACAAAAAUUUUUGAAACUCAGCUUUUAUUCAAUAAAUGAAUUAUUAUCAGUUCGAAAAGAUAUAAUGGCUGCUGUUAAAAAAUCUAAAGAAAUUUCUAAAGUUAACAAUUACUAUUCAGAGCUCCUAAAAAACUUAAAUUCUAAUUAUGAAAAUGAUGUUCAGCAAAAAAAAAUUGUAGACCAUUUGGAAAAUAUUAUCGAUGUUAGGGAGUAUGAUAUUCCUUACCACAUAAGAGUUUCAAUAGACAAUAAGAUUUUUGUAGGAUCUUGGUACAAUGUUAAAAUAAGAGGAAUAGGAAUUCAACCUGACAUAAUAAAAAACUUGGAACUUUUAGAAAUUCCUGAUAUUAUAGUUCUGGCUUUUGAUAUUGAAUGUACAAAACAGCCCCUUAAAUUUCCAUCCUCUGAUACUGAUCAGAUUAUUAUGAUAUCAUACAUGAUAGAUGGUCAAGGGUAUCUAAUCAACAAUAGGGAAAUUAUAUCAAAAGAUGUCGACGAUUUUGAAUAUACUCCCAAACCAGAGUUUGAAGGUUAUUUUACUGUAUAUAAUGAACCAAAUGAAAAAUCAGUUUUACAACGAUUUUUUGACCACAUUUCUGACGUUAAACCGCAUAUUAUGGUUACUUACAACGGAGACUUUUUCGAUUGGCCAUUUAUAGAAAAUAGAGCAACUAUUAAUGGAUUAAAUAUGCAGUAUGAAAUUGGGUUUAGCGCGAAAAAUGGCGUCUACUUCUGCCGGUCUAUAAUUCAUAUGGAUUGCCUAUGUUGGGUUAAAAGGGAUUCCUAUCUUCCUGUUGGAUCUCAUAAUUUAAAAGCUGUUGCAAAAUCUAAACUCAGGUACGAUCCUGUUGAAUUAGAUCCCGAAGAUAUGUGUCGUUUAGCUGCUGAAGAACCUCAGGUACUUUCAAAUUAUUCAGUUUCUGACGCCGUUGCUACAUAUUAUUUGUAUAUGAAAUACGUUCAUCCUUUUAUUUUUGCCUUAUGCACAAUAAUUCCUAUGGAACCGGAUGAAGUUUUGAGAAAAGGAUCCGGAACUCUUUGUGAAACUUUGUUGAUGGUUGAAGCUUUUCACGCAAAUAUAAUUUUUCCUAAUAAAGAAGAGGAAGUAUUUAAUAAACUUACAACUGAUGGUCACGUGCUUGAUACAGAAACUUAUGUUGGAGGUCACGUUGAAGCUCUGGAAUCAGGUGUUUUUCGAGCAGACAUACCAUGCAGAUUUCGAUUGAUUCCAGAUGCGUUUGAAAUGUUAAUUAAAGAAUUGAGGCAAACUGUAGAACACGCCAUUGAAAAAGAAGAAAAGAUUCCUUUGGAAAACGUUUUGAAUUUAAAUGAAGUUAUUAAAGAAAUCGAAAUCAAACUUAUAGAUUUGAAAAAUAAUCCUGUUAGAAAUGAAAAUCCAGUGAUUUAUCAUUUGGAUGUCGGAGCCAUGUAUCCCAAUAUUAUUUUGACAGAUAGGUUACAACCUUACGCUAUUGUAAAUGAAGAAGACUGUGCCGCUUGUGAAUUUAAUACACCGGGUGCUUUGUGCCAGAAAAAAAUGAAAUGGAUGUGGCGUGGAGAAAUGAUGCCGGCAUCUCGAAGUGAAUUUCAAAGAAUACAGCAGCAAUUAGAAAUCGAAAAAUUUCCUCCUCUACUUCCCGACAAUCCGCAAAGAGCUUUUCAUCAAUUAUCAAAACAAGAGCAGGCUUCUUAUGAAAAAAAAAGGCUUACGGAUUAUUGUCGGAAAGCUUAUAAAAAAGUACACAUUACUCGGACGGAAGAGAGAGAAACUACUAUUUGUCAAAAAGAAAAUUCAUUUUAUGUUGAUACCGUUCGAGCUUUUCGUGAUCGGAGAUACGAAUAUAAAAAAUUAUGCAAAAAUGCUAAACAACAAGUUAAUGAAGCACUUUCAAGAGGUGAUGCUAGUGAAAUUAAAUCAGCCAAAAACUUAGAAAUCCUUUAUGACUCCUUGCAGUUAGCUCACAAAUGCAUUUUAAAUUCUUUUUAUGGCUACGUCAUGAGAAAAGGUGCAAGAUGGCACAGUAUGCAAAUGGCUGGAGUUGUCUGUCACAAAGGCGCAUCUAUAAUUACAAAAGCUAGAGAAAUAAUAGAAAAAGUUGGGCGACCAUUGGAACUUGAUACGGACGGUAUUUGGUGUAUUUUGCCCUCAUCAUUCCCUGAAAAUUUUCAAAUCAUUACGACAAACACAAACAAGAAAAAAGUUAAUAUUUCUUAUCCGAAUGCAGUAUUAAAUCGCAUGGUUAAGGAUCAAUUUACGAAUCAUGUUUAUUAUGAUCUUGUUGACUCGCAAAAUUUAAUUUAUGAGCAAAAAAGCGAAAAUUCAAUUUUUUUCGAAGUUGAUGGACCUUAUUUAGCAAUGAUACUUCCGGCUUCUAAAGAAGAGGGGAAGAAAUUGAAAAAAAGAUACGCAGUUUUUAAUUUUGAUAAAUCUUUAGCAGAACUAAAAGGAUUUGAAGUAAAACGCCGAGGUGAACUUCAAUUAAUUAAAAUUUUUCAAUCGUCAGUAUUUGAUGCUUUCUUAAAAGGAGACAGUUUAGAAAAUUGUUAUGCUGCCGUAGCCAAAAUUGCCGAUUAUUGGUUAGAUAUUUUAUAUUCAAAGGCUGAUAGUUUACCAGAUUCAGAAUUAUUUGAAUUGAUAUCUGAAAAUCGUUCAAUGUCGAAAAAAUUGGAAGAUUAUGGAGCACAAAAAUCUACUUCGAUUUCUACAGCGCGAAGAUUGGCCGAAUUUUUAGGUGAUCAAAUGGUAAAAGAUAAAGGAUUAUCAUGUCGUUAUAUUAUAUCGAAAAAACCCGAAGGAUCACCUGUUACCGAAAGAGCUAUUCCUCUGGCAAUAUUUCAAUCUGAACCAAGUGUUAAAAAGCAUUACCUGAGAAAGUGGUUAAAGGAUAAUUCAUUGACGGAUGUAGAUAUCAGGCAAAUUUUAGAUUGGAAUUAUUAUAUUGAAAGAUUAAACGGAGCAAUUCAAAAAAUCAUAACCAUACCUGCAGCCAUGCAAGGAGUUAGUAAUCCGGUUCCAAGAGUUAAACAUCCAGAUUGGUUACACAAGAAAAUAUUGGAAAAAACAGAUGUUUUAAAACAGAGGAAAGUCAAUGAGUUUUUUAAUGCAGUGCCAAAACAAAGGAUGGAAAACACAAUGACUGAUAUUGAGGAUGUAGGAAAACAACAACAACGUAAACUUCCAAAAUUAAUUCACACUCAUUCCAUUUCCCGUAAAAGGAAAAGAGUUAUUUCGAAUUCGUUCAGUGAAGAGGAUUUGUCACGUCAUUGGAAAGAAGUUUUGGGUCCUUCGCCUCCAAUUGGAAAAACUAGAGAUGAAAUAGUCAAAUGGCUUUGUUUUCACAAACGAAAAUGGGAAUUGCAACGAUGUCAACGGAAAUUAAUGUUGGAUGAUGGUCCUUAUAAACGAAGUAAAAUAACCGGAGAAUCUUUUAUUUCAGGAGUUCAAAGGCGAACUCAUACAGUAGACGGUUUUAUAAAAAAAAUUCAACAAAAUAUUUUGGAAAAUACUUGGCAAGUCAUACAAUAUGUGAAAACAAACGAACCGGGAGUAUUUAAAGCUUGGGCCAUUGUUGGUAAAGAUUUACAUCAGAUAAAAAUAAAAGUUCCUAGAAUAUUUUACGUUAAUCAGAGAUCCCUAAAAAAUGAAAAUGUCAAAAAUGUAGUCUGGAAAAAAGUUAAUAAAAUUUUACCAAGAUCAAAACCAGUCUAUCAUUUAUACGAAUAUUCUGUACCUGAGCAAGAAUUUCAGGCACACAGUCAGGACUUAUUAAAAAGUAUUUUAACUCCGGAUGUGGAAGGCAUAUACGAAACUAAAGUUCCUCCAGAAUUUAGACUUAUCGUUGAAUUGGGUUGUAUAAUUUCAGUUGAUAGAGCAGAAGUUAGAAAAAUUAUUAAUAGAGAAGUUAAGGAUUACGAUAAUUUUUCCAUGAAACAAUUAAACUUUGUAGCCAUGGAUUGUGCACCGUAUUUAAAUAAGUUGGAAAAUGGUAAUUUACCCUUUAAAAUUAUUUUUAUUUAUCAAAACUCUGCUAAAAAUUCACAAAAAUCAAUAUUUGGAGUUUUUUUAUUGAAUUCAAAACGUACGUUCGUUUACGUUCAGGACACGAUAAAAAAUAAUCAAGUACCUAAUUUAAAAAAUGUAUAUAACAAGGAGAGAAAUAAUAGGAUAUCGAAUGGAAGUAACGAAUUAGAACUUCCUCCGGAUGAUUUUACUUUUGAAGUACACGCAGAAACCGAAUCGAAAAAUAUUUAUAAAUCUAUUCAUAACGUUUUAAAUUCCUAUAAAAAAGAAGGACAAGGAGCAACCGUCAUCUUACUUCAAUCAUACUUGGAUUUUAAUAUUUUAAGCGCGUCUAUACCAAGUUUAUUAGAAUUUCCAGUAAUAACAUUUCACACGAAAGAUCCGGAUAAUCUUUACGCAACUCUGGAAUGGCAAAAAUUGGGUACAAGAAUUAUGAUUCAUCAUUUUUUAAACUCCAUAACGACUUUAAAUUCUGUAUUAUAUCAGUCGAAAUUUUUCCAUGCUCCACCGGGUAAUAUUCCAGCGGACGCUACACUGUUCGGCACGGAUUUAUUUUAUGCGAGGCAUUUAUUAAAAAAUAAUUUCGUUUUAUGGUGUUCUGAUAACGAAUUGCCCGAUUUUGGUGGGACCGAAGCUGAUGACAGUCGUUUGUUAGGAGAAUUCGAUGAAUUAUCUACCACGGUUAUAAAUAAAGAAGGUUGUUACACGUCCAUAUCUGUAGAAAUGGAUAUUGAUGCCUUGGCAGUAAAUACUUUACUUCAGCUUAAUCGUAUGAAUGAAGCAGAAGGAAUCAGUUCGAGUUUGGCAUUUGAUUCAGCUCCACAGGUUGUAAUGGAAGACCUCUUAUCAGGUUCAAAUAAUCAUUGUGUCACCUACGACGAAUCAGCUGUUUGUAGUUCGGCUUUUAGAAUUCUACGAAUCUUAGCUGGAAUUUUAAUUCGCGAAGUAUCAUUAUUUAAAAAUAUUCUUGCCGAUUAUCAAAUAUCUCACUUUUACAGGUGGUUGAGAUCUUCAAACGCUUUACUCUACGAUCCAUCAAUGAGAAAAAUAAUACAUAAUUUAAUGAAAAAAUUUUUAAUUCAACUUCUUUCGGAAUUCAAAAGACUCGGAGCCAUUGUUAUUUUUGCAAAUUUUAAUAAAAUAAUAAUAAAUACGAAAAAAAAUAAUUUUUCGGAUGCCAUAGGUUAUAUAGAUUUCAUCGAGAAAAAUAUUAAACAAAAAGAACUUUUUCACGGCGUACAAUUAAAAGCGAGCCAAUAUUGGCAUUUACUUUUAUGGCUGGAUAACAGUAAUUUUUGUGGAGUUCAAGCUAACAUUUUGUCAAAACCCAAUGAUCAAAAUGGCGAUUCAGAAAAAAAUGAUUUGGAAAAUGGAAUUUCACACGAGGAUAGUGAGGAUUUAAUUGAGACAAGGGAAAAGGAAACAAACGAAGAAUGUCCAAUCGUCUUGAAUUGGAAUUUAUCUGAUUUUUUAUUGCCAGACAUUAAGGAAACUUUUGAUGAAGUUAUCGCCACUUACACUAACUUAUUGUGGUCUUAUAUUAAGACAGAAAUCAUAUCGAAACCUUUAGUUGUGGAAAAUGACGAUGAUCAAUGUCGGGCCGACGUCGUUUUAUCCGAUACAAAUAAAUCUAUCGAGUGUUUUGCUAAAGAACUAAUAUCGAACAAAAUGUCUCUUGAAUUAUUCGGAUUAAUUGAAAAAAUGAACAAAGCUUAUCCGGGAACCCGUGGAAAUAAAAAAACGACGAAAUUUCAAUUUCCAACAUUGGAUUUUGUUAAAUCUAUCAGUAAAGUUUUAUCCCUGAACAUAACCACCGAAAAAGAAGUUGAAACUCUUAAUAGAAACAUGUUGAGAUUAAUCGGAGUUCGCGAAUUCGAUGAUGAAGCAGUUUGGGUAGAUCCGUGCAAAACUGUCAUCCUCACCGAAGUAGUUUGUAAAAUAUGCAGUCAUUCAAGGGACAUAGAUCUGUGCAAAGACGUACAUAUUUCUACGAUAAAUGAAAUAACAAUGUUGAUGUGUCCAGUUUGUCACAGAGCAUAUAAUAAAGAUGAAUUAGAAUAUUUACUAUUAGAUGUUGUGCAGAAAAAUGCUAUGGCUUACACGAUUCAAGAUUUACAAUGUGGCAAAUGUUCAGAGAUAGCAGCAGAUAAUCUGCACGAGUUUUGCACGUGUACUGGAAAUUAUCAUCCUUUACUACAAUCUAAUAAUAUAAUAACACAAUUAAAAACUCUUAAAAAUGUUGCCAUUAAUUUUUCAAUGCCGAUUUUGUUAGAUUGCAUAAAUUGGAUGUUAGAUUUGCAACACUGA